AUGCAGGGAUCACCCAGGACAUCUACUCCAUUUGGUACAGCGCAUGGCAGAGAGGAAAGAGUGUCUAAUGAUGUGGAAAACUAUUACAGACCUUCAAUGCUUGAGGACCCAUGGGCUGGCCUAGAGCCAGUUUCUGUUACAGACAUAAACCAACAAUACAGCAGUGAGCAAACAACAUAUACUGGUAAAAAAGGGAGAUAUUUCAGCUAACACUUUUAAAGGCCAAAUAACUCCACCUUGUCAGGAAAACUUUGGGACAAAAUCCUGACACUUACACAAGAUGAACAGUAAUCAAGACCUUAGAUAAUGCUUUUAUUUGAUCACAUGUCCACCCUUUUAUCCUACGUUUUUUUUAUUGCAUUGGAUAUUUUUAUGUAUGGGAGGGAAAAGGAGUGGUAGGAAAGCGUACAUUUCUGGCUAUGUGGAAGUGCCUACCAGCUUUGAAGAACAAAGUGUUCUUUAAUCACCAGCGACUGAUGUGUGACUGUUAAAACAGGUUUCCAUAUAUUUACCUCUUCCAUGCCAGAUUGUUAGCCUUUUAUUGUAAACGCCUUUAGGAAAUGGUAUUUUUUUAUGUUUCAACAUUUUUAGAAUGAAGUAACUUGGAAAUAAAAGUUUUGUAAA